GAGGCGGUUCCGCUCGAGCCGCAACAGCGAAUGCUGCUCGAGGUCGGCUACGAGGCCGUUCAUCGCGGAGGAAGCCGCCGGGCUUCGCUCGGUGAAUCGAACGUCGGCAGCUUCACGGGCAUGAUGAACAUGGACGCCGCGUCCCAGCUCCCAGCUGAGCCGGGUCCAUACGACCUGACGGGCGUGGGAUAUUCCGCGGCCGGAGCUCGGCUGUCGUACGCGUUUGCGAUGCGAGGGCCGUGCGUUGUCGUGGACACCGCAUGCUCUUCGAGCCUGAUCGCCGUCCACCUGGCCCGGCGUAGCUUGCAGCAUGGCGAGUGCUCGGGCGCGGUGGUCGCCGGGCCGAACGCCAUCCUCGCGCCUGCCGCGCACGUGGGUCCCGCGCUGGCGGGCAUGACCUCCGCGCGAGGCCGAUGCCACACGAUGGACUCGCGCGCCGAUGGCUACGCUCGCGGCGAGGGCUGCGGCGCGAUCAGUAUGAAACCAGGCGGUCGCGACUCGACGAUUCGAUUCCGCGGGUCCUCGGCUCGGCACAACGGUCGAAGCGCGAGCUUCACGGCCCUGAAUGGAGCUUCACAGCAGCUCCUGCUCCGACGCGCCUCGAGCGAUGCCUCGUGCAAAGCAGAGAGUACCGGCGUCGUCGAGGCGCACGGGACGGGCACCGCUCUCGGCGAUCCG